ACAAUUUUGUCAAUUGACAAUCCGCCCCUAUUCCCAACUCUGCGGACUCCCGAGUCACGAUCGCGGAACCCAACUCGCGGAAUCCCAGCGGAUGCUUUCUCGUCCCGCGAAACCCUACUCCGGCUUUCGAACUCGGCGAAGAACCCUAGCGACGUUCCACUCGCGAAGGCGCGGCUUUCCCGACUCGCGAUCGCGAAGAACCCUAGAGGGUUGUAAACAAGCCGAGCCGAGUCGAGCUUUGGGGUGUUCAAGCUUGUUUGAUAAGACCAUACUCCAAUACAAUACUGUUCGGUCCCAGCGCAUAUUCAUCAGCAAGAAUCAUGCAGGCAUCAAGAGCUAGACUUUUUAAGGAAUACAAGGAAGUGCAACGAGAGAAAGGGGUAGACCCAGAUAUUCAGUUAAUAUGUGAUGAUUCAAACAUAUUUAAGUGGACUGCUCUUAUAAAGGGACCUUCGGAAACACCAUAUGAAGGUGGUGUUUUUCAGCUUGCAUUUGCUAUUCCAGAACAAUAUCCUCUAUUACCUCCACAAGUUCGUUUCCUUACCAAAAUUUUUCAUCCAAAUGUGCAUUUCAAGACAGGGGAAAUUUGUCUCGAUAUUUUGAAGAAUGCAUGGAGUCCUGCAUGGACCCUCCAGUCUGUUUGCAGAGCUAUUAUUGCUUUAAUGUCUCAUCCAGAACCUGAUAGCCCCCUUAACUGUGAUUCAGGCAAUCUCCUUCGAUCAGGUGAUGUCAGAGGAUACCGGUCGAUGGCUAGAAUGUAUACCAAGCUUGCUGCCAUGCCAAAGAAGGGUGCUGAGAGCAGCCAUACAUUAUGAUGUUUGUGCACUGCCCUAUCGUUGUAAAAGAGAUUUAAAUUCUGGGUCAUCACAAAUAAUUGAAUGCCUUUGGUGGGGUUUCCUCGUUAAUCAAGCACACUGUUGUAAAAGAGUCUCUAUGGUCGUUCAAUGAUAUUGUACCUAACCGUGAUGUGACUUGCUGAUGAAUUGCCAUUCCUGUGUCAUUCCACAAUGUCUAAAAGUGAUGGUAGCUAUCUGGAUCUGCUCAACAGGAAAGAUAACAUUUAUCAUUAUUCAA